UCCUUAUCUUGCAACAAACAAAAUAAAAAGUCCAGUUGCAGACAGCAGUGCACUGCAACGCGUUUGGACAAGAACACAAACAGAGCAACGCAAACUUAUCAUGGAUGUCUCCACCACAUUAGGGUUAGCGGGGUUGGUUUUAACUUUGCUCUGGUGGUUGACAGCUAAGUAUAGAAGUAAUGUCAAUUUACCCCCAGGUCCCCGUGGACUCCCACUACUGGGGAACCUUCUACAGCUGGACAAACUCGCACCUUUCACAACGCUGCUCAAGCUCAGUGCCAGCUACGGCCCGGUGAUGACUCUACAUUUGGCUAACCAGCGGUUGGUGGUUCUUGUCGGGUACGAUGUGAUAAAGGAGGCCCUGGUGGAGAAUCCAGAUGAUUUCACCUCUAGGGGACCUAUUCCUCUCCUGGUCAGGGCGACCAGGGGCUACGGCUUGGCCAUCAGUAAUGGAGAGCGGUGGAAGCAGCUGCGUCGCUUCACCCUGUCCACGCUCAGAGACUUUGGCAUGGGGCGGAAGGGGAUGGAGGAUUGGAUCAAAGAGGAGAGCAGACACCUGGUGGACCGCAUCACUAGCACUAAAGCAAGUCCCUUCGAUCCAACCUUCUUAAUGAGCUGCACCGUCUCCAACGUGAUCUGCUGCCUGGUGUUUGGUGAGCGCUUCAGCUACGAUAAUGAACACUUCCUCAGCCUUCUGAAGAUCAUCUCACAGACGUUAAAACAUUUCAGCAGCCCUGUCGGCCAGCUGUACAACGUCUUCCCCUGGCUGCCGGACCGACUUUCGAGGCGGCAUCGUGCUGCUUUCAACGACAUUGAAAAGCUCCGCAAGUUCAUCAUGGAGAACAUCGUGGAGCACCAGGACACCAUGAACCCCAGCGCCCCCAGAGACUACAUCGACUGUUUUCUGACCCGACUCAAACAGGAGAAGGACAAUCCCACUUCUGAGUUUACACUUGAAAACUUGGAGUCCACUGUGUUGAAUCUGUACCUGGCAGGAACGGAGACAACCAGUACAACCAUCAGAUUUGCACUGAGUGUGCUCAUAAAAUACCCUGACAUACAAGAGCACAUGCAGCGAGAGAUUGCCUCUGUCAUUGGGUCAGAACGUUGCCCAAAUAUGGAAGACAAGAAGUCCCUCCCCUUUACGGAUGCAGUGAUCCAUGAAGUCCAGAGGCUUCUGGACAUCGUCCCAAUGAAUCUCCCUCACUAUGCUGAGCAUGACAUCUCAUUCAGGGGCUAUGACAUCCCCAAGGGCACCAUGAUCAUUCCCAUGUUGCACUCUGUUCUGAGAGAAGAGAAACACUGGGCAACCCCCUGGUCCUUCAAUCCCCAGCACUUCCUGGACCCGGAUGGCAACUUCAAGAAGAACCCUGCAUUUCUUCCAUUCUCAGCAGGGAAGAGGUCCUGUGUGGGAGAGUCUCUGGCCCGGAUGGAGAUCUUUCUCUUCAUGGUGUCUCUGGUGCAGCGGUUCACCUUCAGCUGUCCGUCAGGACCAGAGCACAUCGACCUCAGCCCAGAGCACAGCAGCUUCGCCAGUCUGCCGCGCACCUACCACAUCGUCGCCACGCCACGCCAAAACUGACCGUGUGUGUGUGUGUGUGUGCGCGCCCCCCAGUGUAUCUCCUUGUCUCAGCUCUUCGGAGGAAUGGUCUAUGCUCAAGUUAGAAAACAGUUGAAACAGUUACAAAAGUAUGUAUAAACUACAGUAAUAUCGGUCGUGUAAUUACAAAUAACUGUAAUAAUAUAGGGUAUUUGUAAUUGCGAUCUGGUAAAACAUGUCCAUAACAUACAUAGUCCAUCCUACCGGAAUACAGAUACUAUUACACUUACUCACAAGGCAGCGAAUGGAGAACUUGGUUGAGCGCACUGCGCCCAACACAAAUCUCUUUUCACCAGCAAGCUCAGACAAGCAUCCAGAGGAGAGAGUGUGAAAGACAUUGGCCGUGUGUGUGUGUGUGUGUGUGUGUGUGUGUGUGUGUGUGUGUGUGUGUGUGUGUGUGUGUGUGUGUGUGUGUGUGUGUGUGCGUGCAUAUGUUUGUGUGAGCGGGUGGAUAUUAGAUGACCCCAAAAGAGCCUCAUCUCAUAACCCAACCGUCCACCUCUGUCCUCCUUCUCUAAAACCUUGUUUCUAUUAAUUGAUGCCCUUAUGCAUAAGAGGGAAUGUCAACCCACUCAAUUAUGUGUAUGACAAUUAUUCUCAUU